CUCAAGAUCGCUCAGCAUGAAGCUGCUCACAGUUCUCUACUUGGGCCUCCUACUUUGCCUCGGUGCAUCACUACCCCUUGGAGAUGUCACCAGUGCAGAUGGAGGUGCUCAUGAUGCAACCCUGCCAGACCGAUGUGAUGGGAUAGAGUUUGAUGCCAUCACUCCAGAUGAGAAAGGAAACACUAUCUUCUUCAAAGGUGAACACCUGUGGAAGGGGUUCCACGGUCCAGCUGAGCUCUCCAAUGAGUUAUUCAAGGAACUUGAUGAUGAUCAUAACAUCGGCCACGUUGACGCCGCCUUUCGCAUGCACAACCCAGAGAACCAUGAUGAGCACGAUCACGUGUAUUUCUUCCUGGAUGACAAGGUCUUUCGCUACUAUAAUCAGACUCUGGAGAACGGGUAUCCGAAACCAAUACAGGAUGACUUCCCAGGAGUCCCCUCUCACCUGGAUGCAGCUGUGGAGUGUCCAAAAGGAGAGUGUGCAGCCAACUCAGUUCUGUUCUUCAAGGUAACUCAUGAUGCCCUCACAGGACACGACGUGCAUGUUUAUGACAUUGACACAAAACUGAUCAAAACAAAGACGUGGUCCCACCUGCCUGUUUGCACGUCUGCUUUGCGCUGGCUGGAGCACUACUACUGCCUCCAUGGUCACAACUUCACCAGAUUUAACCCGGUCUCAGGAGAGGUGAGCGGUAACUACCCAAAGGAUGCGCGCCAUUACUUCAUGAAGUGUCCCAACUUUGGCCAUGGAGGUGAUUAUAAAAUCCCUAAAUGCAGCGAAGUCAAAAUAGAUGCCAUUACCACGGAUGAGCAAGGCAAAAAAUAUUUUUUUGCAGGUCCAAUCUACAUGCGUCUGGACAGCCACCGCGAUGGUCUUCACGCCUUCCCAAUCACAAGUGCGUGGAAAGAGAUGAUCAAUGGGGUGGAUGCUGUCUUCUCCUACAACGACAAAACCUACAUGAUUAAGGAUGAUCAAGUGUACAUCUAUAAAUCGGACGCGCACAACACCCUCAUCGAAGGCUACCCUAGAACCCUGAAGGAAGAGUUAGGCAUCGAGGGACAUGUUGAUGCUGCCUUUGUGUGCCCCAAUAAAGAUACAGUUCACAUAAUCCAAGGAAGCAUGAUUCGUGACGUUGACCUGUCGGCCACACCAAGAGCUGUGACCAGAGACUUUCCCCUUCCCUUUUCUGACGUUGAUGCUGCUUUGUGCAGUCAGGAAGGAGUUGAUGUGUUCAAAGGCCCCUCUUACUACCAUUAUGACAAUGCGUUUACCCUGGCUGUGACCAGAAUAGCCCCUGUGCCUGAAAAAAUUACCCCGGCUAUGAUGGGAUGUCAGGAGUAGACGCAAACCUUUGCUCGAUGUCAAUAUGAGGACUUGUGAAUGAUUCAGUUUUGGUGAAUAAACAUUUGGAAACUAUUCACAGAA